AUGAUGAAGAAGACACUUGAGGACAAAUUGGAGGAUGCUGUAAAUGAUUUAGGGCUUGAUAAAAUAUAUAAGGAAUUUUUUUCAAAUCCUGGAACAUCUAAAUAUAAUCAUUACUGUGAAGUUGCAUUUAGUAAAAAAGAAAAAACAAAUGCAGAAGCUAAAGAGAUUUGCAGUAAACUCUUAUACUUUUUAGAAAAAAUAUAUGGUAAUAAGGGAAAUCAAGAAAGUUCCAAAUAUUGUAGUUAUUUACGUUAUUGGUUAUAUGAUGAAAUAGGGAAAAACUAUGAACACACUAAAAAGGUUAGUGCAAUACCGUUUGUUAGAGAACUUAUUAACACAGGAAAUAAGGCUAUUAGAAAACACUUUUAUUCUAGAUGUAAUAUUUUACCACAGGUUGUACGAACAGUUGAUUUUAAUGAAUAUAGAAGAAGGAAAUUUUUGCAUAUGUAUUUUAAAAAUCAUGAGAAAAUUAAACAAAUUAGUAGAUCAAAAAAUAAAGAUCAAUGUAGUAAAUGUUUAGCAUAUAUUAAUGUUUUAAGUUCAUUAUAUGAGCGGUAUAGGAAGAUUAACUGUGAUAGAAGUAUUUGGUUGCCUUUUUCCUAUGCCCCACAUUAUUUUUAUUGUCGUAACUUGUAUAAUCCAAAGAAUCUUAUAACCGAACUAAAAGAAUGCAGCUCUAUUGAGACUUCAAGUGUGAGUACUUCAGCUGAUCAUCCAUCAACAGGAUAUACAGAUCCUAUAGCUAAAUCAGCAGCAGACCAUGAACCCGUGACUCAAAAUGAUUUUGAAGAAAGAGUGGGAGAUGAUGCAACUUCAAAAAAUGAUGUGUCCGAUGGGGGUACAGAAGAAAAGGGAGUUACAAAAGAAGUGGAAAUUACAGAAUCGAAAGAAGAUUCAUUAGAUUCAGUAGAAGAAGAAGAUCAAUCUGAUUGGUUAGACACGGAAGAACAAGAAGUUGCACUGGGAUCAGAAGAUAUAGAACAUUCACAAGAUUUAUCAGGUUCACAAAGUUUAUUACCUCAAAUAAUUUUAACAGAUGAACAAGAUCAAAGAGGAAGAGUAGAUAUACCUCAGGAUGGAAUAGAGCAAGAUACAGAACAUCAGGAGCAAUUUCUUCAUAAGGAGGAUAUGGAUAUUUCUACAUAUCCUGCAUUACCUGAGAUGGUGCCAAAUUUCUAUAUUUCUCAUAAAAAAAAAUAUGAUACAUUGAACUCAGGGUAUAUACGUUACACAGUCAUCGGUGUUACAAUUUUUUGUGCAGUUAUAUUCCUUAUUAAUUUCUUUAAAUCAACUUUGCCAGGAUCAGGACCAAGUAAAAAGGGAAUAAAGAAAAAAAAGAAAAGAGGAUAUGAGAAUAACUAUUAUGAUAAACAUCAAGAAUUGUCAAGAUAUAUAUUAGAAUCACCACCUGAGAAUUCGAAAAUGAAGAGGGUACAUUUGUUAUACGAAACUAUGGGUGAUUAUAUUUACUAA